UACGGAGAUCCCGAGGCGCGCACGGGCGCGCCCGCUCAAGAGAGCGCGACGGGGUCAGAGAGCUGACUCUCGCCCAAUUCUUUUGUGCCAGAAACGGUGGCCUGUCUGCGUCUCCCAUGUCUCGUUUGCCGCGGCGAGCAAAAACAAAUCCGGCCUGAAAAAGCCGCGCCUCCCGUCCCCCAUUCUCCGCUCCCCUCUCCUCCCCUCUCCUCCCCUCCCAGCUACAUCCCUGAGCUUCCGCCGAGCUCACCUUCCCCUCUCGAUCUCUCACUUGGUUAGCCUGGUCGUCCUUGCGAGCUCUCUUUGGUUUCUUGCUGUGGAGAGGUUCUCCUUUUCCCGCUGCCGUUGACUCGCGCAUUGCGUCGAGCACCCUCCGCGCGCCGCCGGGCCGGAGCGGAAACCCGGAGAAUUCACGCUUUCUUCAGCGAGCGGCCGGCGUCUGCCGGUCUUGCCGGAGCAGCGUGGCUCCAUGCCGUGCCUGCCGUCGUGGGCACGGGCUUCUCGUGGAUGGACUGCAACGGCUGCUACAUGUUGAAAUCAAGAAGGAGUAUUGGCGUUGCCGAUGUCGAGUUCGAUGAUCCAGCGGGCGGUAUCACCGAGUUACCCGACUCGAUAGACCUUGCACACAAACAGAAGGUCAGCGGUGUUUGGGAAGCUAAAGUGAGGGAUAAUAUGGAGUCGACGAGCCGAUCCUUUAUCUUGUCCCCUAAGGAUGAUGGCUUCUUUAUUUCCGGGAGUAGUAAGCUGCACGAAUCAACAUCAGAAGAGGCAUCUGUGUCUGGGAAAAUGGCGACAUCUCAGCCGGCGAAAGACACAUCUGGAAACAAUGGAACAAGCAAGGUUUCUAGAACAGGUUCAGGGCUUGGCGCAGCCGGCAUGGCCGGGUAUGGGAGAGCAGUGGAAAUUCUAGACACACUAGGCUGCCUGAUGACAACCUUAAGCCCGGAUGGUGGUUUUAUUUCUAGGACGACCAAAGGGACUCAGAUAUCAAUUCUAGCUUUUGAGGUUGCUAACACAAUACUGAAAGGCGCGAGUGUUAUGCAAUCUCUCUCGGAAGACUCUGUCACAUACUUCAAACAGGUGGUGCUUCCUUCUGAAGGCGUGCAGAAUUUGAUUUCCAGUGACAUGGGCGAGUUGAUGCGGAUUGUAGCUAAUGACAGAAGGGAAGAGCUGAAAGUAUUUUCACAAGAGAUAGUCAGGUUUGGCAACCGUUGUAAAAAUCCUCAAUGGCAUAAUCUGGACCGCUAUUUUGUAAAACUAGAAUCAGAAAGUGUACCCCAGAAGCAGCUGAAAGAAACAGCCACAGUGGAGAUGCAAAAGCUGAUGGCUCUUGUUCAACGUACAACUGAUUUAUAUCAUGAGCUACAUGCCUUAGAUAGAUUUGAGCAAGAUUACCGCUGUCAACUAAAGGGAAGUGAAAGUUCAAAUCAGAUUGAAAAAGAUAGCUUUGCAGGAGAUAAUAUUCAAGUUGUGAAACUCGAGUUGAAGACUCAAAGAAGUUACGUGAAGAACUUGAAGAAAAGAUCUCUGUGGUCAAAGACAUUGGAACAAGUUGUUGAGAAGCUUGUUGACAUUGUGCAGUAUUUACAUGUUGAGAUCAAUGUCUCGUAUGGAACUUAUGAUGGAGGUGAACUGAGUUCUGCUGUGAACUGUCAGAGACUAGGACCUGCUGGACUUGCAUUGCACUAUGCAAACACUAUCAUACAGAUCUACAGCAUUGUUUCUCGGUCAGGGUAUGUACCCGCAAAUUCAAGAGAUGCCCUUUACCAAGGAUUGCCACCAAGGGUCAGGUUGGCUCUACCAAAUAAAUUAAGAACUUCCUCAAUGCCUCGGGAGCUCACUAUUGAUCAGAUCAGGGCAAUGAUGGAGAGAACUCUGAAAUGGCUUGUUCCGAUGGCCAUCAAUACCACCUGUGCCCGAGGCUUCUUGCGGUUUAGUGAAUGGGCAAAAUCAGGCACCGAGCGGGUUGGAAGAGGACCGGGUCGACCGGACGUGAUCGAGACGCUCUACCACGCUGAGAAGGCAAAGACAGAGGCUUACAUACUCGAGUUGGUCGUGCGGCUUCACCACCUUGUUAGCCAGAGCAACCGGCCGGCAAAUGUUAAAAAAGCCCAGUCCAUGUAACCAUCAUCAGGUCAUGGGGUGAUGACAAGCGCAUUACACACAAGUCAUGGCCUGACAAGAGCAGACAGAAAGCCAUUACGAUCUGUUUCGUUUUCAUUGUUGCUAGGUUGUAUAGAAGGGGGAACUGUGUCUGUUCUUACCAGGAAGGACUUGAAACCUGAUAUUAGGUAGGGAAAUAACAAGAGCUUCUCCUUUCAUCUUUUGGUUUCUUUGAGAGGCUGGGUUCUAAUUCCAUCUCAUGUAUGUGGUGUUGACAUUGUUUAACACCUCAAAACAUCGUGGCUAAAUAACAAACUUAAUACUGCACAUGUA